AUGUUUAAGAAACCUCACGUCUUCUGCUUCGGCGGUUUGCAUUUGCUAAAUCCGUCAUGUCCCUCAUCACCAGCUUAUCCACGCCCCGGGCGGCGCUCUCCGCACCGGUGUUAUGCCACUGCUGAUGGCUUCCGUGAAGGUGACCUCUCCUGGCCAUCCUCCUCCUCUUUUACUCCUUACGAUGUGUUCAAGCAAGACCGGAAUGCUCCAUAUUCGAAGCACAGGUUCUAUGAACUAGUCAAGAUUUACCACCCGGAUCGACCGUGCAAUGAUCAUCCGCUAUGCAGAGAUCUCUCUCCCGAAACGAGAGUGCACAGAUACCAUAUUGUAGUCACAGCUCAUGAAAUUUUAUCUGAUCCAUCCAGGCGAGCGGCUUACGACCUGUCCGGUGCUGGAUGGAACCUCCACCCGCAAGGUCCACACCCACCCUGGGCUCAGCCGGGCUCGCGGGAUUGGAGUCCCAUCUAUGCUAAUGCAACUUGGGAAGACUGGGAGCGAUGGCAGAAUCGUUACAACGGAAAGCAGCAAACGAUCGUCGACCAUCGCACCUUUGCGCGAUUGAUCAUACUGCUGACCCUGCUGGGAGGUGCGCUCCAAGCGUCCUGGAUCAACAAACUAAGUAUCGGACAUGAAGAUCGACUCCAGCAACUCAAUGAGGAAACUAUGCGACUUCUGGCGGGACGGCGGGAAAAUACUGUGAAGCAGAUGCCAUCGUCAGAAGCGAAAGUCCAACAUUUUCUGAUCCGGAGAGAUCCUUCCGGUGUUGGGUUGAAGGGGCAAGAGCAGCAGGUCUACCAGAAGGUUCUCUAUCCCCGAGAGUUUGUCUCUGAAGAAGCGGAGCCAGUGAAGACACCAGGCAAUACGACCACGGAAACUAAAAAGCCAGACCCAACUUCCUAAAGCGCUGUGCUAUUGUUUGAUGUAACUUAUAUUAGGCCGAGAGGUAGAUACGACGAUUGAUAAAGGAUGAUUACCGUCCUGUACAUAUGAUUCUUUGAUUCUCAUGACUUCCCUAGGCUAUGAUGUAAAUUCGGUAUAACAAGCUGCAUAAAAUUGCAUAAAAUAGACUAAUCUCAAUAAUCAAUCAAUCAGAUUAAAUUGUACCUUCGGCUGGACCCGUCGAGGACCGCAGCAUACCGAGGCUCGCCCUGAAAGAUUAGAUUCCGUUUAAGCAGUCGUUGCGAGACAAGCGGCGAUCUCUUCGAUCUCCGCUUCUUGAACUCCUCACUCCUGUUUCUUUUU